CCACUCAUUCCCUCAAACCCCAAACCAACCAUGGCCACAACACCCUUCUUCCUCUUCCUCUUCCUCUUCCUUGCCUCCUCCGCUCUCUCUCAGGCUCAGUCACCCUCCGCCACCCCCGCCGCCACUCCCUCAGCCUCAGCCUCAGCCUCAGCCUCAGCCACACCCGCGCCCGCUAAAGCCUCAGCCGCCUCUCCCACCGCCACUCCUGCCGCCACGCCUCCAACCACCACCACCCCACCCACCACCGCUGCCUCCCCCACUCCUAGCGCCGCCACGCUCUCCUCCCCGCCCUCCCCUUCCUCCUCCUCUCCCACCACCAGCCCCUCCUCCGCCCCCACCACCAGCACCACCUCUCCGGCCGAGUCCCCCCUCGACUCCCCCCCCGCUCCCGAUGCUCCCGCCCUCUCCCCACUCUCCCCCACCGCUUCCGGCGUCGUCAGCGACGGCCCCGCCGACGCCCCCGCCUCCGUCGCUCCCAGCAGCCGCGCCGACCUCCGCAGAGUCCCCGCCGCCGGCUACCUGGGCGCCUUGGCCACCGCGGCUGCCCUCAUGAUGUAGAUCCCUAGUUGUGUAUGGUUUAGGGUUUCAUUUUAACACAUUAUUAGUAUUACAAGACUCUGUUCCUUGGCUUCGAGUUCGACUUAGAGAGACACCAACUUUUCUUUUUCUUAUCACCAUUGUCAUCACUACUCCACUACCAUCUUCACACUGACUUCAUUACCCUUUCCUUCCACCCACACUACCAUUACUUAUUAUUAUUUAUUAUUACUAUUUUUCCUUUCCUUAAUACUUUUUUUUUUCUCGCCAUUCCAUAUGCUUAAAUUGUUGCCUCCGUUUAUAGAUUUUGGCUAUUGUAUAUAAAACUACUCGACUUGGAAUUUUAUAUUGUUUUUUUAGCUUC